AUGCCACUGGACGAAAACGAUCCUCUAGUAUCGCUAUUGCAUGUCAUUCAACGACGUUCAAAUCUCGAUAAAUCAAUUGAAAAUGAUUCUAUACAAACAAACGUUGACUACGAUACAAAAUUACAAAAUAUUCCAUCAACGAAAUCAGUACCUUGUCGGAACUUUGCUGCGUUAGAGAAUAAACGAUCACGAAAAAAGCCCAAACAAUUAACAGACAAUCCUUCCUUAAAAAGCGCUCUCACAAACAAAGCAUAUGAGACCAAUCAACAGGCAUAUUCAGAACCACAACAAUCCCAUACAUAUGAUGAUGAUGAUCAUGAUCAUCGUUAUAACACAUUGUUCUACGCUAAUCAUCUUCCAAUCAAAUAUGGAUUUCAAAUACGUUCUCUAAUUGAAAAGAAUCUGCUACCAUCUUGGCAAUUCAGCAACGAUCAAAAAAAUCAAAUUAUCUAUAAAUCUUCGUCAAUAGAGAACAAUUUAUCUAUUUCGAUCUCAUCAAGAUCAAAACAAGUAAAAUUCUCUCGAGUACCAACAGUUGCUCGAAAAUCUCCUAAUCCGCCUCUACAACGUCAUUGGAUUAAUCCAUGGUUGAAUAGUAGACAGUUAAGAGAACAUCAUAAACAACUGUCAUUACAUGCUCAAAGAGAUAUUCAUCUAUCAUCCAAGUCAAAUACAUCCAUCUCUAAUAGAGUCCUGCCAUCGAAUGUAAUGCCACCAAAGAAACGUCCGUGUGAUAAACAACGAUCGAAGAUAAGAAGACGGAAGCGAUGUGUUAAUUUCGAAGAACAUCUUCAGCGAUAUUAUUCAUCAAGAUGGUGUUUUAUUUCAACACGACGACUUCUAACCUAG